GACUGCAUUCAGUAGCUACCCAUGGAACUUCGUCUUCGCAUGGUUAUGGACUUCGUCUCCGCUACUACAGCUACCCAUGGAACUUCGUCUUCGCAUGGUUAUGGACUUCGCCUCCGCUGUUGGCUUUAGUUACCCAUGGAACUUCGUCUUCGCAUGGUUAUGGACUUCGUCUCCACUAUAGCCAGCUUGUUGAAUCUAAAAAGAUGGGGCGCAUUUAUAACUUUUGGUUGAAGCUUUUACCUGAGUCGAAGCAUCACGAUCUUAUGAAGAAUGAAAAGAUAAAUGCCGAAAACGUAUUUUCAUCAUGCGAUUUAUCUCGUGGAGUACAGAUUGGUGGAACUGGUAAUAUUAUCCAAGAGCACAGACAGUCGUAUGUAAAUCAUGAACAAACGAGUGUUGAAGUGGUGAUACCAACUAAAAGG